AUGUGGCAAGAAAUAUCACAAAAUUUGUGUAAAAAUGUGUCGGAUACUUUUUUAUUGGAAUACAUGCAUAAAUUCUGUGGUGGCAACCCUCACUGUUCUGGCAGCAAAGAAAAUUACGAGUUAGCAAACUCCAUAGAAAGGAGCUGGAAAGAAUGGGGUUGGCCUGUUGUUGACAGACAAGAAUUUUAUGUUACUCUUCCUUUGGGCCCUCCUGAGAAUGGUCCAUGGAAUGAAGUCCUUCUUACCAACUUGGACGGUACCGAAGUCAUGCACAGAGCUCAAAAUAGUGUUACUGUUCCAUUGAAAUCUGAAACCUCUCAAAAUGUAACUGUUGAUAACUCCGGCAGUAACCAAUUACCUGUUUAUCAGGCUUAUUCGUGCUCUGGUGAGUCGUUUGGAUAUUUUGUAUUUGUGAACUAUGCAAGACGUAAGGAUUUGUUGUUGUUUGAUAAAUUGCAAGGCCGAAAGAAGGGUGAACCUAGUCAUAUAUGCAACAAGAAUGUCAUUGUAAUUGCCAGACUGGGCAACGGAACUCGACAAUCCAAGUUAAAAAAUUUAAUGGAACAUUGUGCUUGUGGUCAAAACAAUACUUCACUUCCUGACCACCAUCCUGGCGCUCUUAUUCUGUAUCCUGAUCCACAGGACUUUGCUGUAAAUGGUCUAGUUUAUCCUAAUGGGAAAGGGCUACCAGGGGAUGCUCCUGUAUUUGGUCAUAUGAAUAUGAAAUAUGCUGGCGGUGGUGAUCCGACCUGCACAGGAUUUCCAUCACUUCCCCAUAUUUACCGAACUGAUACACUUCUACAAGGUGAUGCCCUUACACAGAUUCCUGUUCAACCUAUUGGCUAUGAUGAUGCCAAAAUAUUUUUAUCGAGCUUAGAGGGACCAACUAUCCCUAAUGAUUGGGACACUCGUUUGGCAACUCAUUUGGGACCAUCAACUAAAACCUGUUUAAAAGUUGUAGUACAUAAUCAAGUCUCUAAAAACCCAGUAAAGUUAUGUAAUAUAGUGGGUAUAAUGCCGGGUGAAAUGACACCUACUUCAACUGAAUCUGAUCAAUAUGUAAUUAUGGGUAAUCAUCAUGAUGCAUGGGUACAAGGCGCUUGCGAUCCAGGAUCAGGUAUGGUGAUUUUACAAGAAAUCGCUCGAAUUCUUGGCGAGGCUUAUCGUAAUGGUUUCAAACCUCGUCGUACAAUAAUUCUUGGUUCUUGGGACGGAGAGGAAUUUUCUGUCUUGGGUUCAACACAUUUUGUACAUAAAUCUGAAUAUGAACUAUUAUCUAGAUGUGUUGUUUACAUCAAUUCAGAUUGUCCAAUUAAAGGUCAUAACAAUUUUUCAGCUCGAACCGAUAGUUUAUUAAUUGAUAGUCUUAUAAAUGCUGCAAAAUUGGUUCCAGUUGACCCACCAAUAAAUAUGCAAUCAUUCUAUGAUGAAUGGUUAAGUAAUAAAAUGGGUGAUCGUAAUGAACCUGUUGUUUUUCUAGAAUCACGGAUUCCAUCAACAUAUCCAGAAUUUCUACCAGACGAUGGCUUAUACAAUACACCAGUUUACCACACUGCCUAUGAUAUUAUUGAUGUUGUAGAAAGAUUUACUGAUCCUACUUCACCAUUUACAGGACACUUCCCUCGACAUAGAUUAAUUGCGCGUUUAAUAUUAACGCUCAUCAUACAGUUUGCAUGUGCUCCACGUCUGCCACUUUCGAUAUUGAGAUGUUCACAAUGUUUAUUGGAUGAUUGGUUGAAAUUUAUGGAGUUAGUAACGCAUCAAAUACCUAAUAUUUCAGAAUAUGGUGUGAAUCUAGAUUGGAUAUUGGAAGAAAUCCAGACGUUUAAGAAGUCAUCUCAAGAUUUUGAAAAUUUUGCAAAUACUAUGGAACGAAAUUGCACUAGUUUUCCCUCCUAUCUCAAUCGUAUACUUGUUGGUGUUUCUAAACAUUUUGUUGCUGCUGGUCAAUGUGAAAAAUCAUCUUUAAAAAAUGUCAUCCAAGGAACUACUGGUUAUAAAUCAGUUUAUUUUCCUCAUGUAAAAUCAUCAUUUAAAAAUCUUAAAAUAUUAUAUAAUAAAUGUAAGACAGAAACUUCAAAUUCAACAGAACUGCACGAUUUCAAACUGGAGCUUUCAAAUGUUUUGAAUUGUUUACAACAACUAACUAAUUGGCUUCGAAAUAGUUGGAUUGGUUUAACUAAUUCUUCAGUAGUAUUAUAA